GCUACAAGUAAAGAUAUCCAGGAAAGGCCACGUCUGUUAAAGUAUCAGUACCAAUCACACAGGGAUUUCCUGCAGCAAAACUUUAGACAGUGGUGAGUGUGUGGAAAGACGUGGUAUCGUUUAACAACUGGACAGAUUGGAUCGGACAGCUCACUGAACUAGUGGAGUUAUUAAUAGUUCAAACCAGUAUAUUAUAAAUCUUUGGCUAGAGUUAUCCAGCAAAGCUUUUAGUAUAAUCUGACUAAGACUGUGUAACGUCAACUUUAGCGAACACGAGCAUUCACGACCAGUUACAGUAAUAGCUGAGUCGGGUUAAUAGAGCGCGAAGAAGUAAACAGGUUGUUUGGCGAUCAGACGUCACUGUAGAGCUGUUUACCAAGCGAUAGGCCUGCUUAACCUGAAACAGCUGUACUCAUUACCAGUUUGAUCAGGACGAUAGGGCGUGUUGGCCACAACUGUUCUUGGUGAAAGGUAUAGAAGCGGUGUUAAUCUUUUCGUGUGGUGACCUCUGAUAUACCAACUGAAUCCACCGAUAACGUCGAGAGGACAACAACACAAAAAGAAGACAAUGUCACAAACCGAAACUCUCUCGGUUUUGAAAGAGACAAAAAUGGUUGAACGAAAGAGGAUAAACUACGACUGGACUCUUAUAAUCGCUCAGGACAUCGUCACCAGUUUUGCUACAGUUACCACAAUAACGCCGGCGAUGAAAAUUUACGAGACCAGCAAGUAUUGUAAGGUGAUGAGACAGAGCGUCAGGGAAUUGCUGGAGAGACACAAGAUUGUCUUUAACUCCAUGGUGAAGAAAUUAGACGUCUGCGAGAAAAAUGUGUUGUUAACUUUUGAAAAAGUAGCAGACGAGGUGUUUGAAGACGGGGAGACGAACUGGGGGCGGAUAGUGACCGUGUACGCCUUCGCAGCACGUCUGGCUAUGGCCUGUAAACGUAAUGGGAAUGAUGAAGUUCUUCAAAAUAUUGCCAUUAUCACGGGGAAAUUCAUCUGGCGAAAACUUGGCCCCUGGAUAUUACAACAUGGUGGAUGGGACGCUUUUGUCGAAGCUUUCUCAGACGCAAACCCAGUGGAAGAAACCAUUUGGAAGGGACUACUUUUGACAGCUGUUAGUCUGGGAGCUAUGGCAACCAUCCUGGCCGUUCGGUGACUGUAUCUUUGAAGAAACCAGUAUGACAUUUACAACUUGCGUACUGAUGAACGUACAAUGGAAAAAUCAUCAAACUAUACGUUCUACCAAAGGGACUGUGACACUCAGCCCGCACUUCAACACCAGCACCCCCGGGCAUUGUGACAGUAAUUCACUACAGCUGUGAUAUGUGUUUAUUAUAUUAACACACACCUAAUGUGAUAUGACGUCAGGAUUCUUAGAACAGAGAUAUGUAUGCAUUGCAUUGGCGAGAAAAUCAGACUGAUUUUAGUGAAAAACAAAACUGGCGCAUACCACCUUGUGGACAGAUACAUCAACGAGAACAAAUGUGCAACAAGUUUUAAGGCAGCCACUUUGAUGAACCCGUUUUAAAGACUGCUGUUCAGUAGCAGUAAAAGAUUUGAAUGAAAUGUUGAUGACACCCUAGCACGGACAAAACAACGGCUAUUGACUGUCAGUAUGGGACCCUUCAAUUUUCCUCAAAUAAUAUUUAGUUUUAAAAUGUAGCGGAUUGAUAAGGGGCCCAUAUGCCUGCCAUACGCUAUCAUAAAUUCUCCAUCUCUAGGAAUGUAGGCCUUGACAUGAAAAUCACUAUGAGCAUUCGCCCUCGCCCCUCGCCCCACCCAUUCACCCCAGGUGGUACCGACCGACCCCUGUCUCAUGGACUAUUUAUUAACGCCCUUCUACACGAUACUGAAUACAAUAUGGCAUUAUUGUUAUUUAUACAAUAUAUUUGCAAUAUGAAAGGGUCUUGUCAGAUUUUAGUGUAAGAGUCAUCGUCUAAGAAUUCAUUAAUUUUAAUUGUCAUCACUGUUUUUAUAAAACCCAUACUGAUUAUACAUUUUUUUUAACUUUCAUUAUGAUGUGGUAUUUUAAAACAAACAUUAAACAUGUAACCAAACAUCUAUAUUCAUUGAAAAAAUAUAUUUUAAUCAUGUUGAUAAAAAACAAUUCAUUAGUUCAUUUAUUCUACAUUUAUAUUGGCAUUUUUGUCAUGCAUUUUAAUAAAACGUUUUUUGUUGUCA